AACAAAAGACCUCCAAAUAAUUGCAAAAGUGUGCAAUAACACAAAAAAACAGAGAAAAAUGGCAGAUAAAAAUAAGCAGAAGAAGAAGCACUUCGUUCUGGUUCACGGCUUCUGCCACGGAGCUUGGUGCUGGUACAAGCUCGUAAGCAUGCUCAAGAUCAACGGCAGACACAGCGUCACCGCAUUGGACCUCGGUGGAUGUGGGGUCCACCCUAAGCAGCUCCAUCUCAUUUCUUCCUUUUCCGAUUUUUCUCAGCCGUUGAUCGAUUUCUUGGCUCGUCUUCCGGACGACGAGACGGCGAUCUUGGUCGGCCAUAGCUACGGCGGAAUUCCGAUUUCUGUGGCUAUGGAGAAUUUCCCGAACAAGAUUUCCCUCUCGGUUUUCGUCACUGCUUACAUGCCUAAUUGUACGGACCCGCCCGCAACUCUCAUUCAUGAGUUCUUCAAAAGGUGCUCAAUGGAGUCACUCAUGGAUUGCGAAUUCACGUUCGACGAAGCCUCGGGGAAAUUACCAAUUUCAGCUAACCUCGGCCCAAAUUACAUGGCCACCAAACUUUACAAAAACUGCCCAUUAGAGGAUUUGGAGUUGAGCAAAAUGCUGAUAAGGCCGAGCUUGUUUUUCUUGGAGGAAACGAGCAAGAAAGCGUUGCUGUCACAAGAGAAUUACGGUUCGGUGAAACGGUGCUAUGUAGUAUGCGAGGACGACGAGGUUAUGGGGGAAGAAUUUCAGAGGUAUAAUGUCGAAAAUAGCCCUCCGGACGACGUAGUUACCAUACCAGAUGCUGGUCAUAUGGUCAUGCUAACAAAACCAGAGAUGCUCUGCCUUCGUUUGCUGGAAUUAGCUGACAAAUAUUAGUUGAUAAAAUACUUGUUUGGCUUGUUGGCAAGUUUUAGUAGCACUGAAAAUCGAUCGGAUCGGAUUGAAAUUACCACUUGUUGAAAAUUUCCGGUUCUUAUUAUGUGAACUAAAAUAAAUCCGAAAUCAGAAUUCAAAAACUUAUUCCAAAA